AGCGCCUUCGCUCACAUGACCAGCACCGGCGUUCCCGGCCUGUCACCUCUCCCUUGCCGGAGUGACACGUUAGGCUUUGCAGCGCGGGCCAGGAACGCUGCUUGUUCCAACGCCGCGCCGGCCUGGGCGUGGGGCGCGCGCGGACUAUGAGCACGGCGCUGACAGACGUGGUCAUUCUGGAAACAAUGGACAUACUCUUUAGAAUAAGAGGAGGCCUGGAUCUUGCAUUUCAGCUGGAUACUACUGACGAGACUUCAGUGAAAAAGGCAGUAAAAUAUGUUUUCAGUGAUCUGUCAACCAAACUGUCUUCAAAUGUGCUGGUACUAAGAAUUUGUCAUAGUCCGGUGUAUAUAUGGCCUAACAGCAGGAUGAACAAAGUUCCAUCAGAACUGACUGAUAAUUCUGUUUGUAAGGAGAUAAUACGAUUUAUUCAAUUUGACCAAGAAGAUGAAAUUAAACGAAAACUUAUAAAAAAGAAGGAUAAAAAAUUACAAGACAUGCAGCAGAUAGUAAAUGUAGACCUUAUGUUGGAAAUGACAACUCCUUUGGCAGCUCUGGCUCCAGUCAUUGAAAAGGAAACCAAGAGACACCACUAUGUUAACAUGACCUUACCAAUAGAUGUUGUUGUAUCUGUUUCUCCAGAACAAACAUGGGGGAAUGUACAAAAUCUACUGGUGAAUGCAAUCCAUAAGCAACUAACUGAUAUAGAAAGAUGCAUUUUGAAAUAUAUGAAGGGAACAUCUAUAGUGGUACCUGAACAAUUUCACUUCAUGCUACCAGGAAAAAAGCACCUUGUAACAAUCUCUUAUCCUACAGGCAUUUCAGAUAAUCAGCUAGAGUCUUACAGAAAGGAAUUGCAUGAACUGUUCCAUCUGCCCUCUGAUAGACCAUAUUUAAGAAGAGUGAAUGCUUAUCGCUUUCCAGAUGAACCGUAUAAAGAUGGAUAUCUCAGAAAUCCACACACACAUCUCAAUCCACUUGGCCUAGAGGCUGGUAUGGUGUAUUUGGUACAUGGUAUAUAUAGUUAUCAUCAUUACAUGCAAGAUCGGAUAGAUGAUAAUGGCUGGGGGUGUGCCUACCGGUCUCUGCAGACUAUCUGUUCAUGGUUCAAGCAUCAAGGUUACACAGAGAAAUCUAUACCUACACAUAAGGAAAUUCAACAGGCGCUAGUUGAUAUUGGAGACAAGCCAGAAUCAUUUGUUGGGUCGCGGCAGUGGAUUGGCUCUAUUGAAGUACAGCUUGUAUUGAACCAGUUAUUAGGAGUAACUUCAAAAAUACUAUUUGUCAGAGAUAAAUGGAAAACCAGCGUAUUAUCUUUGUCAAGACUAUUGCUGAGUUAAAGAAAACAAACCUGCAACGGCACUAUGAAUCUUGUCGCCCUGAAUUCAAAGACUUGUAUCCACCUUACAGGAAUUUAAGAAAAACAAAGAUACGUUCAUUACUGGAAGGUUACCAUACUCAACAAUAUGUUUCGUUCACAAGUUAAAGAUGCUCUUACAGAAGCCUCCCCACACACCGGGCUCCUGGCCCCGCUGGGUUGUACAUUGCAGCUCAGCUGCAGCGAGCCCAGCCACCAGCCUUCUACCAGAACUCUCUGGUGCUGGAACAUCUGGGCCAGGGAGUGUCAGUUAUCAGAGGUUUAAUCUGUAUAUGCAAAUGAUCACUGUUAAAGGAGGGUGAUUGGGGUGGAACAGUAGGUGGAAAUCAGCAGAGAGGGGUUUGGGAUUCAGCCAGGAGGGAGCAGUUAUGGGGAUGGGAAUAAUUGAGGAUAUGCAGGUAGGAGGAGGUUUGGGGAUUAGCUGAAGGGUAUCAGUAUGCAGUAGGGACUGUGGAGCAUGAGCGGAUAGGUGGGAGACUGCGAAGGGGGAUGUGGGACUUUCAAAUAAUAGGGACAGAGGAUACUGCCAACCUGACAUUCCCCCUCCCCAUGUGUAUGCCCAGAUCUUGGGUCAUCUCUCUUUGCAGAGUUUGUGCCUCCUAUCUGUACAAUAACUCCUCAUGUAACCUUGUAAUUAUGUUUCUGAAAAAUGCUACUUUAAGCGAAUCCAAUUUCCAUAUAAGAAUUAAUGUAAAUAGGGAGGGUUAGGUUCCACGGAGAUUUUUUUCAGUAAACUGACACACACACACACACACUAAACAUUUUACACAAUUUUUAAACAAACAAUUUAAUACUGUACACAGCAUAUAAUACAGCAAUUACAAAUGUAUGUGACUAAAUAGUGAGAGAGAUGCUAAUGCUGUGUUUCUU